AUGGAAAAGUUUUCAAGUUGGAGAGAUAAGGGAACGGGUAUUUCUCCAUUUAUGCCUCAAAAAUUACCAACAUUUCAAAAGAAUAAUUCCUUAUUAUCAGUAGCAUCAAAAUCUCCCAUUUUUUUAAUUAAAUUACCAUUUUUCAUAAUUACAUAUUUGAUUUAUACAAUUACUGGGUUUGCAUUUAUAUUAAAAUUUAUAUUAACGAUUCUUUUUGGAUUUAAUAGAAUUGAUUUUGGUGUUGAUGGUAUUAAAAAAUCUCAAAUUGAUAAAUUGACAAGUUAUAAACCUAAAAAAGGUGAUUUAAUUGUUACUAAUUAUAUUACUCCAUUAGAUGGGUAUUUUCUUUUCUUAUUGAGUGGGACUUUUUCUUCUUCUUCUUCUUCUUCUUCUUCUUCCCAAAUUGUUAUUUUGAUUCCUAACGAAUCAGGAGAUUUAUAUCAAUAUUCACCAUUGGGGUUGUUUAAUCAUAGUUUUACUUAUUCUAAUUCUAAUUCUAAUUCUUCUAGUUCUGGGAAAUUAGUGGAAGAUGUAUCAAAAUUACAAAAUAAAAUUGUGUUUUUAUUUUUAGAAGGGACUUUAUCAAAUAAUAAAUCUAUUUUACCAUUUAUUAAAUUGAAUUCUAAAUAUUCAUUUGAUGAUUUUAAUAUUAAAUCAUUAGUUGUGAAAUUAAUACCAAAUUAUUUUACAUUACCAAUUCCUCAUGUUAGUAAAUUACAAUAUUUUUUCGAACUUUUAACAAAUUUAUCUCAAAAACUGGUUCGUUAUAAAAUGUAUAAAUUUGAUGAAUUUGAUAUUGCCAAGAUUAGAAAUUCAUUUGAAUUGAAUUCUUUAACUUCAAUGAGUCAAGAUUUGAAUAUUGAUUCCAAGAAUAAAUUUAUAGACUAUUAUUUUGAUCAUAGUAUAAAGAAGAAUUAA